UUCUGGCGCGUUUUUGGAUUCUGUUAAAUUUGCUUUGAAUGAUUCUUAUAAUGCUGAAGAUGUUCAUGGUGGAUUUCAACCUGCUUCUUUUGUAGCUAGCAUUUUACAUGGUGUAGCAAAUGAAAAUAUUACAGGUAUUCUCCCUCUAUAUAUCAAUGAGAAACAUUGGCAAAUUGCCAGAGAGAGAAUGAAGCCAAUAAUGGGGUAUUUAACUACACUCGAUAUAUUUGGUUAUUCCUACAAACAAAUCACUACCAUAUUGGCAAAAGCUCUUUGUGAUACUUCAACAGAAUUUCGAAGAGAACAAUUCAAAUUAAUCUUAGAAACUUGCGAUGCAAUUUAUAGACAAUCUAGUAUCCUUCGUGAAGAUAAUAAAAAUUUAUUCGAAAAUUACAUGAAAUCACCAGCAAAUCGUACCAUUGAUAUUGUUGCCAACAACUUGGUUUAUCUUGGUCAUAUGUUGUGUGCUUUACGAUGUG